ACGACGCCAGUCCCGUGGCCAAGCCCUCAGGCCCCACCCGCAGAAGCCCUGUUGGGGGCGCCACCCCAGGCCCCCCCCCAGGGUUCCGGCCUGUGGGGGAUUCUUCACGUGACGCGGUGAUGCAGAACGGUUGUGACCUUCAGUGUGUGUCUGCGAACGUGGGGGUCCCAGUAACAGUGCGGGUUUGCACCCGGCCCUGCCCGUGGGUGCGGGGACGUGUGGGUGUGUGGGCAUAUGUGGGCGUGUUGGGGAGGGUGCCCAGAGACAUGUGACAAAGACCCAUCUCUGGGAGAUGGUAAAGGGGCCUAGGAGCUGGUGCUUUGUCUGGUUGUCUGCAGAGCCGCGGCGCCCGCCUGAGCGGUUGCAGGAUGCUUGGGAGCCAGGGUGGCCGAGGGCGCGCGCACCCGUGCCAGGGUGAGUGCGCUGCGGCAGCGUCGUGGGGCAGCGUGGAGGGCUUGGCCGGGCCUCGGGCGUGACUGGGCGCUACCCGUGGGCGCUGCAGUGGCCGCGUGUCCCCGUGACCUCCGGAGCCAGGCUGGGGCCCGGGUGGAUCCCUGUGCCCCUCCCGGUUCACCCUCCACGUGCGUGUUCGCGGCGCGCGUGCCCGCCAGCGCGCACCCGCCUGCCUGUCGCCACCGCCGCCACCGCGAACGGCGCGGAGAAAAGGUGCCGGGAGCCGAGAGAGCUGGGGCCGAGGGCCCGAGCGCCAUGGGCCGGAGGGCGCGCGGCUGGCGGGCCGGGCCUCGCCCCCGCGAGAGAGCGGCCUGGAGUCGGCAAGGGCCGGCUGGGUCCGCGGGGAGGCCAGCCCGCGCCCCCUGAGCGACGGACACCAGGGCACUCACCAUGGCCCCACCGCUCCUAUUGCUGCUGCUGGCCAGUGGAGCCGCUGCCUGCCCGCUACCCUGUGUGUGCCAGAACCUGUCGGAGUCGCUCAGCACCCUUUGUGCCCACCGAGGCCUGCUGUUUGUGCCACCCAACGUGGACAGGCGCACAGUUGAACUGCGCCUGGCUGACAACUUCAUCCAGGCCCUGGGACCACCUGACUUCCGCAACAUGACAGGGCUGGUGGACCUAACUUUGUCUCGAAAUGCUAUCACCCGCAUUGGGGCUCGCUCCUUUGGGGACCUGGAGAGCCUGCGCUCCUUGCACCUGGAUGGCAACAGGCUGGUGGAGCUGGGCAGCAGCAGCCUACGGGGGCCUGUCAACCUCCAGCAUCUCAUUCUUAGUGGCAAUCAACUGGGCCGUAUCGCUCCUGGGGCCUUUGACGACUUCCUUGACAGUCUCGAGGACCUGGAUGUGUCCUAUAACAAUCUCCGGCAGGUCCCCUGGGCUGGCAUAGGCUCCAUGCCUGCCCUGCAUACCCUUAAUCUGGACCAUAACCUCAUCGAUGCACUGCCCCCAGGUGUCUUUGCCCAGCUUAGCCAGCUCUCCCGCCUUGACCUCACCUCCAACCGCCUGGCCACCCUGGCACCCGAUCCACUCUUCUCCCGAGGUCGGGAUGCUGAGGCCUCACCUUCCCCGCUGGUGCUGAGUUUCAGCGGGAACCCACUGCACUGCAAUUGUGAGCUGCUGUGGCUGCGGCGGCUGGCCCGGCCUGACGACCUGGAAACCUGCGCUUCUCCACCAACCCUGGCCGGCCGCUACUUCUGGGCGGUGCCUGAGGGAGAGUUCUCCUGUGAGCCUCCGCUGAUUGCCCGACACACACAGCGCCUAUGGGUACUAGAGGGCCAGCGGGCCACUCUACGCUGCAGGGCCCUUGGUGACCCUGUACCUACCAUGCACUGGGUUGGCCCUGAUGACAGGCUGGUUGGCAAUUCUUCUCGAGCCUGGGCUUUCCCCAAUGGAACCCUAGAGAUUGGGGUGACAGGUGCUGGAGAUGCAGGAGCCUAUACCUGCAUUGCCACCAACCCUGCUGGUGAGGCCACUGCCCGAGUAGAGCUCCGGGUACUGGCCUUGCCCCAUGGUGGGAACACCAGUGCUGAGGGGGGCCGUCCUGGGCCCUCGGACAUUGCUGCUUCUGCUAGAACUGCUGCCGAAGGCGAGGGAACUUUAGAAUCUGAACCAGCUGUGCAAGUGACAGAGGUGACUGCCACCUCCGGCCUGGUGAGCUGGGGCCCUGGGCGGCCAGCUGACCCAGUGUGGAUGUUCCAAAUCCAGUACAACAGCAGCGAGGACGAGACCCUCAUCUACCGGAUUGUACCAGCCUCCAGCCACCACUUCCUGCUGAAGCACCUGGUUCCCGGUGCUGACUACGACCUCUGUCUGCUGGCCCUGUCACCUGCUGCUGGGCCCUCCGACCUCACAGCCACUAGACUGCUGGGCUGUGCCCACUUCUCUACACUACCAGCCACCCCCCUGUGCCAUGCCCUACAGGCCCAUGUGCUGGGCGGGACCCUGACUGUGGCAGUGGGGGGCGUCCUAGUGGCUGCCUUACUGGUCUUCACUGUGGCCUUGCUGGUUCGGGGCCGGGGAGCUGGGAAUGGCCGCCUCCCACUCAAACUCAGCCAUGUCCAAUCCCAGACCAAUGGUGGCACCAGCCCCAUGCCCAAGAGCCACCCACCACGGAGCCCUCCACCCCGUCCCCAGCGCAGCUGCUCCCUGGACCUAGGAGACACCGGUGGAUGCUAUGGGUAUGCCAGGCGCCUGGGAGGAGCCUGGGCCCGGCGGAGCCACUCUGUACAUGGGGGGCUGCUGGGAGCUGGGUGUCGGGGUGUGGGGGGCAGUGCGGAGCGGCUGGAGGAGAGUGUGGUGUGAGUCGGGGUGUGAAAGGGCAGCCUCUCUUGUGCCCUGAGGAAGGAGCAGUGCCACUGUUGGGCCCAGGUGGCAGCACCCAGCCUGGGUGGGCAGCACGGCCCUGGGUCCUACUCUGCUUUUUAUCCUCAGUACCUCAGGCCCCUAUGUACUUGGUGGGAUAGCAAACCCUCUCCUUGGUUUUGGCCUCCAGACUAAAGGGACAGGUCCCACCAACAGGUGCUCAGAGCCACCAAGGCAGGGGCUGCAGCCACCAAGAGGGAGUCUUGUUUCUAUUUAUAAUAAAAUUGUUGGGGACACUUCA